GCCCACAGAGAUAGCCAAAGCUUCAAGGUUGGUGUGAGUAGUCAGUGGUGAGUAGUCAGUGGGGUGCGUGUGUACUGUACGUGUGUAGCCAUGGCGCAGAGACCGUCGGAGAUUACGGAAGGGAAUGCCAGACCCGCCUUUGCCGAACUGAACAACCUGGCAUCGGAGAAGCUGGGGGCGCGGAUCCUGUUUGCCACCGACGACUGGUUUGCCGUCGCCGAGAACCUCCUGAAGGACAGCGAGGCGGAAUGGCGCGAAGGGGAGUUUACAGAGUGGGGGAAAUGGAUGGAUGGAUGGGAGACGAGGAGAAAAAGGAAGGCGGGUCACGACUGGUGCAUCAUCAAAUUGGGUGUGGGCGGACAGGUGGCAGGCGUGGACGUAGACACUUCCUUCUUCACGGGGAAUUACGUGCCCCGUGUGAGUGUACAGGGGGCGACGCUGACCCAGGAACAGGAGGCGAUGAUCCCGGAGAGGCGGAGCGAGAUGGGAAGCGAAGCGACGGAGAGGGAGAUGACGGAGGUGGCGAAGCUUAAGAGUGAGGAGUGGGAGACGAUCAUUCCGAUGACCGAGGCGCGGCCUGGCUACCGGGAGACCUGCCACACCUUCCUCCCCUCCUGCAGCGCCUCCGCCAGGUACACGCACCUCCGCCUCAACGCCUACCCUGACGGGGGCAUCGCGAGGCUCCGGGUGUUUGGCUGUGCGGUGCCUGACCUUACCUGCGUGCGGCCCGGCCAGGAGAUGGACUUGGUGGCCCUGGUGAGCGGCGGCGUGUGUCUGGGCUACAGCGACGCCCACUACGGCCACCCUCGCAACCUCAUCAGCCCGUGGCCCCCUGCGAGCAUGGCGGACGGCUGGGAGACGGCGCGGCGGCUGGACCGACCUUCCAUCCUCAAGGAGGGCGCUGGCGGGGUGCUUCAAGUCGCCGGCAGGGAGUGGGCCGUCUUCAAAAUGGGUCUUCCGGGUCACGUCAAGGAGGUCGUGGUUGAAACGCACUUCUUCCUCGGCAACUUUCCCGACUCGUGUAAGAUCGAUGGGUGCUUUGUCAGGGAGGGCGAGGAACUGCCUGACCCUGCCUCCGAUGACCCCCGCUGGCUGACCGUCCUCCCCUCGAAGAAGCUCGGGCCAAACAGGAUACACCAGUUCAAGGACGUGAGGGAGGUCGGUCUCGUCUCCCACAUAAGGGUGACCAUGGCCCCAGACGGAGGGAUCAGCCGCGUCAGGGUCAUCGGGGCGGCCUAUCCUUCGUCAGCGUCUUCUUCGUUAGGGUUCCCGAGGUCGAAGUUUUAGUGUUCGUGAAUGUGUGUGUGUGUUUGUGAUUCCUCUGUUUUUACGUUGUUUUUCUUUCUUUUUUUCUUAAUUUCUGGUUCCUUUUUUCUUUUCUUUUUUCAAUUUCUUCUUUUUAAUUUAACUUUUUCCUUUCAUUUUUUUUCGCCUUUUUCUUUUUUCUUUUUCUUUCAUUUUCUUCUUAUACUUUUUCUUUUUCUUCUUCUUUUUGUUCUGGCUCAUUUUCUUCUUUCCUUUUCUUGUUCUUCUUGUUUUUCUUCUUCUUUCUUGAUUCCUUGUUCGUAGUUGUUGUUAUUUGUGGUUUUAUUUGUAACACCUCCUCCUCCUCCUCCUCCUUCUCCUCCUCCUCCUCCACCUCUUCACUUUCCUCUUCCUCUUCCGAUAAUAUUGACCCUUAGAUGUAAUGUUUGUGGUCUGAAUGUUUCCUCCUCCUCCUCCUCCUCUUCCUCCUCCUCCUCCUCCUGCUGUAAUAUCUCCUCCACACCCAACAGUCUUCAAGUGUGUGAUACAAGUGCUUCGGUAUUACAUAGGAGUGAUUUAUAUACGCUUCUCUCACGCACUUUGGUCUGUGUGUGUGUGUGUGUGUGUGUGUGUGUGUGUGUGUAAUCCAAACUGUCCAUUAUUGUCAUUCUCUCUCUCUCUCUCUCUCUCACGAAUGUAGACAGAUCAACAUUGUUUAUGAUCGAUGACACUUUGCGCACGAGGAACAAUGGCGUAAAACUCAGAUGUAGACAAGUAAAUUCAGACUGCACCAAAUUUUUCUUCACCAACGUUGUAGUGCGAGAAUGGAAUAAGCUUCCACCAUCAGUGGUCCAGUGUAACACGAUUGACUCCUUUAAAAAUAAGCUCGACCGUCACUUCCUUGAACUUAAUAUCAACUAGAGUAGAAAUGCAACGUUUUGGAGUCUUCUG